AUGGCUUCCCUUGAUGUCACGUCCCUUUUUACUUCCAUCCCGCAGGACCUGACAGUCAGGACCAUUGAACUACUCCUACCAGAGAAAUACGACGAAACGGUGAGUCGCCUCAGGCACGCCCAAAUCAUCCAGCUCCUGAAGUUCUGUCUCAAGACGUACUUUACGUUCGACGGAACAAUCUACCAGCAGGUGAAGGGAACGCCAAUGGGUUCGCCGAUUUCGGCACUCAUAGCCGAGGCGGUCCUACAACGGCUGGAGUCGCUGGUUUUUCAACACCACAGACCGCAAUUCUGGACUCGGUAUGUGGAUGACACCUUCGUCAUCAUCGAACGGGAUGAGGUGCUGACAUACAAAGAACAUCUCAACGCCGUCUUCCCGGACAUUUAA